AGAUGAAAAUAAUCCUGUCAAGCUUCUUCAAGAUUUUUUUCGUUCCGUGUCUGUGACGAAACAUGCGUCGUUCUGUGAUUAAAUGCAGGGUGUUAUUGUGUGGAUUCAGCGUGAGCGUCCUUGGGAGUUUCUGGCGAUCGUUCCUGCCGAAAUUGCGAAGACAUUGAUCGAUCUUCCCACGGCGCAUGUGUGAUCAUCUGAAAUAUUUCAAACCGACUGGAUUUACUCUGAACUUUAUUGUGAUCUUCGAAUUUUUUCUUCAAAUGGCUGUCCUCCAUAUUCGCGCAGGGAUCACAUUUACCGAUCAUCUAGCUUACCUGAAACGAAUUACGAAGGAUUCUGGACUGAUCCAACCAAAUCCAGAUUUAUUCAUGAUCAAUACCCCUUUCCGUAUGUAUGCCGAAGCUGAGAAAUACGCGAAAGCGUUUCAGAAUGAAACUGUGAAGCCAAUUUCUUGGCUCCCACCGAUGAAGAGUACCGUCGGUCUUCCUGCGGAAGAAUUCUACGAGCUGUACCGUGAGGUUGAGGAGUUGGUUCGCGAAGUCAGGUCUCAAGGCAAGGCUCUUCGGCUGGAAAUCGAUGCAGACAUCAUCAGAGAGAAUAAUCAAAUAGCUAUUGCAUCGGCUGUUAGAACACUCCAAUCUUGUUUAUCCGUGGAGUUAAUGAAAUGUUUUAAAUCGGGAGAAAAUGACACCGACGAAUGGCUGAAGAUGGACGGAUUUUUUUUGCCUCCGAAAUGUAAAUUCAUAUGUGCGGACUGGGAUGAUUUUGUCUCCAUCGAUUCAUCGUCUGGACCGUUCUACAACUUCGUUGUUGUCGAUCCCCCGUGGAUGAACAAGUCCGUGCGUCGUGUGAGAAAGAAAUCGAGAAGUUAUUCAACAAUGGUGAAUUACCACUUACUCAAAUUGUGCUCCUCGAGGAUUAUGGCUCCUGGUUGUCUGCUUGCUGUUUGGUGCCCUCCAGUCAAGUCGCAGAUGACAUGGGUUCAAGAUAAUCUCCUCCCGGCGUGGAAUUGUAAAUUGAAAGGCACUUGGUAUUGGUUUAAGGUGACUCAGUCUGGAGAACCAGUCAAGCCCUGGUCUCCGAAGAUGACUUGGGAAAAUAAGAAAUCAUUCGAAGUUUUGUUCAUUGCCACAUAUGGAGAGAACGAUGUGAACAUUCCGCGAGAACAUGUGAUUGUGUCGGUACCUUCUGCAAUUCAUUCCCACAAGCCACCGCUUGAAGAAUUCAUUCUGGACGACGGAAAAUCAUUGGAGAUUUAUUCUGGAGGUUUAUGCGUGUGUCCUACUAUGUUGCAGGAAGUUUGCUCUGAAGUGAGGCCGUAUACUGCCAUCGAUGAUUGGAAGACCAUUGUGAGCUUGCAGAAUGUGAAGUUCCGUGUGGAUUCUACUAUGCUGCGACGAGUUUGUUCUAAUGAUUUCCCAAGAAUCUGCAGCAAUGGCGAGAAAUGCCAUAUAAAUCGUUCGUUGAAGAAACCAGAUGUGCAUUGGCUGGAAAUUUUUUACGCGGAGCAGGGCCUUUUUUAUUUCAAUCUCAGACCUGCAUAUCACGAUGUUGACGGUUUUAUUGUUCUGAAGGAAUUAUGCAACGCUCGCAUUGAGCAGAAGUAGCCGGACUCAUCGACUUGAACGAUAGUGCUCGAUUUAUUCAUGCCGGCUUCGAAAAAGCGAGGAAUCGGUCUUCGAGGUUUCCAACCGAAAGAAAGGGGAUGUCCCUGGAAAUCCUACCCGUGGAGGAAUACCGCUGUGGUAUUGUGAACAUUUUUCUUGAAAUAAAUUGGUUUUCUGCAAUAUUGA